ACAGCCCAUAAAUUAUUCGUGCUCGUGCCGGAAUGACUCAUUUAUUUCGUGCCCGUGCUCUAACCAUGCCGUGCCGUGCUAACCUGUAGACGGCCCGGCCCGGUGCCACGUACCGGUGCCACGUACAGUCUCAACCCCUAAACGUGAUACAAUGGUCUCAGGCCUCGGCCCAAAUGUGUCACGCUGAGCACAGAAUAAGUAGGCCCAAAAAGUCUUGACUUUGAGCGACGGACCAGAACCGCCGACACAAAAAAAAAAAAAAAAACCUGUAUCGAUACAGGCCAUCAAGAACGCAUUCGAGAUUACGUGCUGACCUGGCAACUGCCACCGGAUGCCAUCCUCCGUCCCUUCUUCCUCACUGUCGUUCUCCUCCUCCUUCUCCUCCUUCCGAUCCCAAUAAUCUCAACAACGCGUCAUUUCUCCCACCCUCCCGCGGCUGCUUUUCCUCCUUACCACCGCCGCCCUUUGUAGCCGUCGCGCCCGGGCCACUGUCAUUUCCGUUUCCCGCUCACUCUCCGAUUCAAUAUCCUCCCUCCACUCUCAGAUCCCGAUUUCCCCUCCUACCCCUCUACGCCGACUCCGAUUCAGGUACAUUCAUCACCUGGUUGCUGUGAUCCGCCCUGAUUAGGUGAUGACGUAAAAAGAGUGUUGAAUCUUUCCUCUCAUUGGCAAUUCCGAGGGGGGCUGUCAAUUUGAUUUCGAGUUUGCCUGGUUAGGCUAGAACCCGCAAAUUGGAAUGUGGUGGGAAUUGGUUUAGAAUUGUGUGGUUAUGUUCUGAUCGGCCGGAGUCUGAAUGGAAGGACGGUGGGAAUGGAUGUGGAUUUCGGGAAUUUAGUGGAUCUGCUCAGUGAUUGUAUGGCUAGUGAAGAUUUCCCCCCCGCCCGAAAUGGACGAUCCAAGUCCAAUGAGCUGUUUCUUGCAUUGUUUAAUAGUCUCUGAAUUUGGUUUUUGAUGGAUGGUUAUCAUCCGUAGUGUUCGGAAUUGAUCUUUUGAGAUAGGUUGUCGCGUAUAUGGUCUGGGAACAACGGUUUCGAUGUUGUUUCUGCAAAAUUGAAUGAAUUUAUUGAUCCUGGUGGUUUGCUUAUAUGAAAGUAUCUUUUGCUUCCUCGAGGUUUUGGUCUGUAUGGUCUUUAAAUCCUGAUGCUUUUUCACUUGGGUCUUCUCGGGUGGAUCUUUGAGAAACAAUGGCAGCAAAAGAUUGCUGAUUUGCUUGAGAUGCUAAUCUGCAUCUGACCACUUACUAUUAAAGUUUUAUGUGUGCUUGAAGUUACUCAUGGUUUCGGGCGCUGUUUGAUUUUAUGUUGCCCAGAAACUCUGCUAUGGGAACUGAGGAGAUUAAGGGUGUAGAUGUGGGUGAUUGGUUUACACAACUGGAAUAUGAACAAUGGGUGGCAAUUCCUGUUUUUGGCACAAGACCAUCGGCUCGCUACAAGCAUGCCGCUGCCAUUGCUGAUGAUAAGUUAUAUAUAUUUGGUGGAAGCCGUAAUGGUCGGUACCUAUCUGAUAUACAGGUUUUUGAUUUCGGAAGCUUGGCUUGGUCUAGCAUUAAACUGAACAUUGAAUUGAAUGGUCAUAAAGUUGAGGAAAUGGGAUCACAGGAAGCUCUUCCUGCCACGUCAGACCACAGCAUGGUCAAGUGGGGAAACAAACUGCUGCUACUCAGUGGGCACUCCAAAAACUCUUCUAGUAGCAUGAUAGUGCACUUUAUUGAUCUACAAACACAACAAGUUGGCAUCCUUGAGACCUCAGGAGAUUCUCCUUCUGCUCGAGGGGGAUAUUCUGCUACAAUUGUUGGUUCUAGACUGGUGAUUUUUGGUGGAGAAGAUCGAAGUAGGAAGCUGCUGAAUGACAUUCACACCCUUAAUCUUGAAACCAUGAUGUGGGAACUGGUGGAAUCAAUGCAGACACCUCCAGCUCCGCGAUUUGACCACACAGCAGCAGUACAUGCAGGGCGCUACCUUUUGGUAUUUGGUGGUUGUUCUCAUUCGAUCUUCUUCAAUGAUCUUCAUGUGCUUGACCUACAGACGAUGGAGUGGAGCCAACCAGAGAUUCAAGGUGAUUUGGUGACUCCUAGGGCUGGUCAUGCUGGUGUAAGCAUUGAUGAGCACUGGUAUAUCGUUGGGGGAGGAGAUAAUAAAAAUGGUUCUGUAGAGACCCUUGCAUUGAACAUGCCCAAGCUUGCAUGGUCAACAUUGACCAGCGUAAAGGAAAGACAUCCACUUGCCAGUGAGGGGCUAAGUGUUUGCUCUGCAUUGAUCAAUGGGGAGAAGUACUUGGCUUCUUUUGGUGGCUAUAAUGGGAAAUAUACUAAUGAGGUCUUUGUUAUGCGACUGAAACCCAGAGACACGUUACGACCCAAGAUUUAUCAGUCACCAGCAGCUGCAGCAGCAGCUGCUUCUGUUACAGCUGCAUAUGCCUUGGCCAAAUCUGAGAAGCUGGAUGCUUCCCGCAUAGAAGCAAACUCGAGAGAACAAGGUAAAAAGAAACCUUCUCAGGAAGACCUCGUUAUUGAAAUCGAUGCAAUAAAGGAAGACAAAAAGACACUGGAAGUGUCACUAGCAGAUGCCAGGGCUGAGAAUUCUGGACUCAGAGAAAAGAUCGAUGAAGUUAACAGUACUCAUGCUGAUUUAUCGAAGGAACUCCAUUCUGUGCAGGGUCAGUUGGUGACCGAGAGAUCGAGAUGCUUUAAACUCGAGGCACAAAUUGCUGAGCUGCAGAAGGCACUUGAAUCAUUGGAGUCGAUAGAAAACGAAGUCCAACUACUCCGGAGACAGAAAUCUGUUCUGGAGCAGGAGAUUGAGAUGAAUGAUGCCGCUCAAAAGCAGGGUUCUGGGGUCUGGCGUUGGAUAGCUGGGUGAAAAAUCAUCACAACCCUAUUGCAGCAGGCAAGGCAUCAACCUUUUGGUUCAUACCAUUUUUGUGAAGAUCCUGUUCGCUGCCAUCAGCCGAACUGGAUCACCGAGGAUCUGAAGCUGCCAAACAUUUGCGACAUUUACUUUCUCUUGAAGAAACUGUGGUUUCGGAAUUCAUGAACACAAUUGAAGUUCACCUCUUGUAUGAACUCCGAAGAUCCACAAUAGUACCUGCUGUGACGAAUUGGUCUUUUGCUGUUAGAAGCUUAAAUUAUUGGUUUCUGUGCUCUCCUCAUCGUCCGAAAUGAAGAAUUGUAUCAUAU